UCCCAGCACACUUAUAAAGCGAAGCGGAGAGCUCACCACAGAGCUGUUCCUUGCAGCCCUGGUCCUCCGCAGAGCAUCACUCCUCCUCAUUCACAAGGUCUGUUUCCUGCCUGCAUCCCAGUGCAGCCAUGCUGGGCACGGCAGUGCGGCUCUCAGUCCUGCUGAGCGUCUUCAGCUUUGGGAAAAGCCAGAUAUUUCAUAUGGGACCAUGCCCAGAUCCAUCAGUCCAAGAAGACUUCGAUAUUGAGAAGUAUUUGGGGAAAUGGUAUGAGAUAGAGAAGCUGCCCUCAACUUUUGAGAAAGGAAGCUGCAUCCAGGCAAAUUACUCAUUGAAGGAGAAUGGGAAGUUCAAGGUUAUCAACAAGGAGAUGCUUUCCAAUGGCAAAAUCAAUGAAGCUGAAGGAGAACUCAUGCACAUGGAUGUAAAGCAGCCAGCCAAGCUGGGCGUCCGCUUUAACUGGUUCAUGCCUGCUGCCCCUUACUGGGUUGUCUCCACCGACUAUGAAAACUACUCACUGGUUUACUCCUGCACUAACAUCCUCUGGCUCUUCCACAUGGACUACGCCUGGAUUUUAUCAAGAGCUCCUGAGAUGCACCCAGAAACCGUGGAGCACCUGAAGAGUGUUCUCCAGUCCUACAAGAUCGACACCGACAAAAUGAUGCCCACUGAUCAAGUCAACUGCCCUGCUGAGAUGUAACUCCCAGCACACAGUGACACAGCACCAGACCAGCGAUGAACUUUGUUGCUUGCUUUAUUAUCCAUUAGAAUUUCUCUAUGUAACUGAGAAAUUUAAUAACCUCUUUGAUAACUAUAGUUUGCCAGCCCAGAGUUACUCUUUGCUGUCAUUCCUUCUAUCACUCUUCCCCUUUUUUUUUUUGCCUUGCUCUGACUUUUGCAAUUGAGUCAAUGCUAAUGGGUGAAGAAAAGAAACCCUGAAGUGCAGACAUGAACCUCUGCUGUUGCUGUGAGUCCUCCAGUACAUGGAUGGAAAAGGGUAUGAGAUGUGAUGUGCAAGUAUUAGUCCUGGGAACAAAUCAUUUAUCACACAGCUCCAGGUGUGUUUCCCAUUUUUGUCUUGAUGCUUCUGGGCCUGCUAGGAAUCUACAGUGCCUGUUGGCACUACCUUAGCAGCAGCAACAUGCAGAUGUGGUGGGUUGGUCCUGCAGCCUGGGAACUGACACUGUGGGUCUUGAAAGUUUCCCAGUGCAGGGCUGUAGACAUACGCUGCUGCUAAGUCAUCAGACCUCCUUGCUAGAAAUCAGAUCUGGCCCUUUGUAUUUUAAGUCUAAAAAUGCCCAGAAACUCAGCAUCACUCCAUCCCAGGUGUCUAUGUGUCCUCUCUUGCCUCUAGGGAAUCUGGUCCUGCACUUCCGAGAGGUCAGCCCUGACUAUACUUGUAAGCAGACAGAAAGAGAUGGGUCUGCUCCCUUGUUCUCUCUUCCAGAGGCUUUUUCCUGAACUUGGAGAGACAGCAGGCUCUGCCUGACACCCUGCUCCCUGCUGUUCCAAGUGCCGGGUGCCCGCUGGCACUGCAUCUGCCCUGACAGGUGUUCACCAGGCACCAGGACAACUCUGCUUGAAUAGCAUUCACGCAACUCAUUAAAAAUGAAACAAAAAUA